GUGGCGAGCAAGCGUGCCGGCAGGCCUCUCCCCUCUUGUGAUGGUGGUGAUGAUGCAGAGGGUGGGGGGGCGGAGCUACAGAAGCAGAACAGGAAGUUGAUAGAAUGGGCCAUGACAGGCUUCCUGCCCAGCGGACCUCAGAGUCUGGACCCCCCUGAUGAGGAGAGACACCCAUAUAAGGACGUGUAUCCUGAGAUGUGGGUGGAGCCAGAGGAAGCUUACACCCCACCCCCUCCGACCAAGAGGCCCCGCAAGAACGUUGCUGAGAAACCCAAGAUCAGAGAGGUCAUCGACGAGGGGACUAGAGAGAGACUCAUCCAAGAGAUCAGACAGAAGACCAGGAACAUGGAAGAUAUCUGUAUCUCCUGUGGUAGCCUGAACGUCUCUCUGGAACACCCUCUCUUCAUCGGAGCCAUGUGUCAGAGCUGCAAGAACUGUUUUCUGGAGUGUGCGUACCAAUACGAUGAUGAUGGAUACCAGUCGUACUGCACUAUCUGCUGUGGAGGACGGGAGGUCUUGAUGUGUGGAAACAACAACUGCUGCAGGUGUUUCUGUGUGGAGUGUGUGGAUCUUUUGGUGGGUUUGGGUUCGGCGUCAGCUGCGAUCAGAGAGGACCCCUGGAACUGCUACAUGUGUGAAACACACAACACACACGGGUUACUACGACGACGCGACGACUGGCCGUCACGACUGCAGGUGUUCUUCGCUAACAACCAUGAACAGGAGUUUGAGGCAGCCAGGUUGUACCCUCCUGUAGCAGCUGAGAGGAGACAGCCAAUCAGAGUCCUCUCUCUGUUCGACGGUAUCGCCACAGGUCUCUUGGUGCUCAGGGACCUAGGUAUUCAGGUGGACAGGUACGUGGCUUCAGAGGUGUGUGAGGAUUCUAUCACCGUGGGGAUCGUACGUCACCAUGGUUCCAUCAUGUAUGUUGGAGACGUACGCAACGUCACACGCAAACACAUCCAGGACUGGGGUCCGUUUGACCUGGUGAUUGGAGGAAGUCCCUGUAAUGAUCUGUCCAUCGUCAACCCCGCCAGGAAGGGACUCUUCGAGGGUACCGGACGGCUGUUCUUUGAGUUUUACCGGCUGCUCCACGAGGCCCGUCCCAAACCAGACGACCACCGACCGUUCUUCUGGCUCUUUGAGAACGUCGUUGCCAUGGGGAUCAGCGACAAGAGAGACAUCUCACGAUUCCUCGAGUGUAACCCAGUGAUGAUCGAUGCCAAAGAAGUGUCUGCUGCUCACCGCGCCAGAUACUUUUGGGGAAACCUGCCGGGCAUGGGGCGUCCUCUCACAGCCAUGGUGAAUGAUAGGUUGGAACUACAAGACUGCCUGGAGCACGGACGCACAGCCAAGAUUGUGAGGGUUUUUGGGUUCCCGGUCCACUACACAGAUGUGUCCAACAUGAGUCGUCUCUCCAGACAGCGUCUGUUGGGGCGGUCCUGGAGCGUUCCAGUCAUACGACACCUCUUUGCCCCGCUCAAAGAGUACUUCGCCUGCAACUAAUACACACACACACACACACACACACACACACACACACACACACACACACACACACACACACACACACACACACACACACACACACACACACACACACACACACACACACACACACACACCUCAACUGAAAGAGUUCUCAGCCUGGAGCCCCGCCCAUGACCCACAGGCCGAUGCCCAACCAGAAAGGUUCCAGCCCCACCUCGGUGUUAACCAAUCACAAGCCAGGAUACGCCCCAACCCCGGUGUUUACCUAUCACAAACCAGGGAACACCCCCACCCCGGUGCUAACCAAUCACAAACUAAACCUGUUAUCCAGCCACAAAACAAUACUCCGACAACAUGGACUGUCUCUCUUCCAGUCUCUCUGUCACACACACACACACACACACACACACACACACACACACACACACAC